GCUGAUGAACUGUCAGAAACGUGCGCAUGCGCAGUAUGUAGAUGGGAAUUUCCAACAGCUGAGGAGGCGUAGCUAGCCAGGGCUAGCACUUGUUAAAGCUUGGGUCAACUAGGAAGAGCCUCACCAUCAUGAGUGUGUCUUCGUGAUGCGUGAGCUUGAACUCUGCACACACUGUAAGCUGCUGAUGGAAUAGAAACAAGUUUUAAUGGUGUGAAGCAAAAGCGGACCGUGACCUAAUCUUCCACAACAUAGGCCUGUUUGUCUGGUAACAAGUCAGGCAUUGAGCCAGCACCAGAGAUGCCCCUAAGAAGGCAUCCCUCCAGGCUGCAGCCUAGCUACACCAACUGAAAGCACCAAACAGCUGCAUCUCUUGUUUGGUGGAUGUGCUGCUGACUGGACAUAAAGUCUCAUUCCCUGCUCACAUCUCUGAAACGCUGUCAACAUCGAGGGUGUGCCAGUGCAUACAGUUAAUUAUGGUAACGAAAAAUGGUGCUUGAAUGUGGCAUCUCAGUGCGGGGUAUGCUAAAAGGGGUGAGGCUCUCUCAGAAAAGCAUAACAGCUGACUAAUAGUCUGCUGCCGACAAUGGAUGCCAAGUUAAAGGAGGACCUAUUUCGAAGGUAUGUGGCUGCAUUGGAGAGGCGACUGGAGGACGGAGGGCACUCCACAGGAGUAGGAACUGCACCAGAGGGGGAGAGGGCAAAACAUAAGGACAAGGAGGCCCUGCUCUCAACUGCAACAGCUCUGUUAGGGGCCUACCAGCCAGAUCCAGGACAGCGUUUCCGCAUGGUGCGUUUCUAUGAAGUGGUGGAAAACUCACUCCGUUGCCAGAGAGGGGGUAACCUCAAAAGUCUGGAGAGAGCCUUCCACACACUGGAGACCAUCUGCACCAACCUCUUGCUCUUCCCCUGGAAGAAGGAGUUCAGAUGUAUAAAGACCUUCACUGGCCCAUAUGUGUACCAUCUGCAGUCUGCAAUUUCUGAUGCCGAACUUCGAUCACUAAUGCGCACCAUUGGCUACUCCUGCAACCAUGAUUCACAGUUCCAUUUGCAGGAGCACUCAGGAGGUGCAAAUCAUCUCCGUCAGUUGGCAUUUGAGCUCUUUCUGGCCCAGGCAGAGUGUCGUCUUCUCGGGGAGGUAGUGGCGCUGGCUCGUGGUUCGGCCUCAGAGCUGGAGGCCCUUGAACUCCGCCGAGGUUGCAGAGAUGAUGCAGCUGGGUGUGCUGAGGCUCUCCGUAGACGUGACAGCCUUGGGGCAGAUAUGGCUCGGUUGUCUGUGCGACCAAUGGAUAUAGAAAGACCCCAUGCUCACCAUCUGCGGCGAGGCAGCAGACCGUCUAAGUCUGUGGAUGUUACAGAUGGGGCUGGUCACUGGCACGCAGCAGUUAGCAAGCCUGUGUUAAAGGCCUCAUUGAGUCUGAGGAAGGAGCCUCUAUUUGUGGAUGCAGAGGAGGAUAUGAAGGAUGAAAUCAUCAGACCCUGCACUUCAGCCUCUCUGUUCUCUGUGGCAGCUCCACCCUCCUAUAGCCCUGUUGCGGAUUUCUUCCCAAUUCAGUCGCCUCCCCCACCUGAUGCUUACACAUCGUACCACCUGUCCUCUUUGGACGAGAUUGACUUGUACACAGAGAGGGGUGGCACUGGGACAGGAGGCAGGCAGACCCCCUCCCGUCCUCCAUCCAGAGAGCCUCGGGAUGCGAGAGAUGGGUGGCUCCUCAAGUCUCAUGGUAGUUUGAAAUGUCAGGGUUGUGGGCUGGGCUGUUCCACUAUGGCCUCCUGUCAGAGGUGUGACAUGAUCCUCUGUCCUGCCUGUCAUGAUGUGGACCCCUCCCCUUGUUGUGGCCUCCAGGACUACCACCUCAAAUCCCCCCGGCCCCUCGAUGGAUACAUCCCUGUCAAGGAAAAGCUCUCUGUCUACUCAAAUACUCACUCCCACUCCCUUCUCCACCCUCACCCCCUCACUCUGACCCACUCACACUCCCACCCACAUCCACACCCUCAGAUGGUGGAGAAACCCCUUGUGUCCACUAAGCUGUUUCCAAGCAAGUCUGUUGCCUUGACAACGCCAAAGGGAGGCAGCAGUGAGCGAAUAAGUAUGGGGGGAUCACGAUGCGGGUUUUGUAACAAGCCUGGUGCAUCACACACGUGUGUGAACUGUUCGAAGGUAUCAUGUGACUCAUGCAUGGGCUUGUAUGCAAAGGAUAUGUGCACGCGAAAAAACCCCCAGCACAGUUUUGUGCCCAACCAUCAGCUCAACUUCAAAUCUGGCACUAUAUCUCACCUGGUGUACCGAUGAAUCAGGCAGACACAGUAUUUGGUUUUCCCUUGAAGUCCCUUAACCUGCAAAGUAGUCUUGCACUAUUGCUUUAGCUCUGUUCCUGUUUAAACAACUCAUUCGCCAUUUUCCCCUUUAUCUGAUGGUCUCCUCGCUCUCUGUAACCCGCUCUUGAACUCUUGUACAUUUUCUCUUCCUGUUAGUAGGGCCCUGGAAUGCACAUGCCACAGAGAGCCAUAUCGUCUGCCCAUCUCUCUCUGCCUUGUACAAGUUCAGGCCUCUUUACCUGUUUCUUCUUCUUUUUACCUUGCUACCUGCUCUUGAGUAGUCAUGUGAUGUUGUAGCGCUUCCCAAAAAUCCUCAAAUGUUAUCCUUCUUAAAGGGAAACUGGAGAAAUGAGUUUCAUUCUUUCUCAUUUUGAAUGAAUUCCGUCCAAAUGAACAUAUAUACUUUGCCUAACUUCUCAGCUAAAAUUCCUCUAAUAUAUAAAUAUAUAUAUAUAUAUAUAUAUACAGUAUAUAUAUGUGUGUGAGUGUGAAUGUUUGCGAGUGUGUGUGUGUGCGUGUGUGUAGAAAAGACCUCUGAGCUUGCAUUGUGACAAAAGAGAUCUUUUUAAACUUGAAAAAUAAUAGGGAAAACAGAGAAAAUGUACACUGGAAGUCAAUAAGUCAAUAGUAUAUAUUUUUAAUCUUUAUUCUGUAGAACAAUGUGAGACUGUUAAAUGGGCAUGAGAUCUGGUAUUGGGACUUUUGUGGGAUAAACAUAUGUCUGUUUGUGUGAUUUUGGAAAUAUCUCAAAGGGAAAUAUUCAGACAAUGGUCAGAUGCCAUAAAGUCUAUUUAAAAGAUUUUGCCUUGUAAAUUAAUCCUUGUUUCUGGUUACAUGACUGACAUUUAAAUGCUGCUGUUGACUUGAGACAUUGAAGAAGUGCGAUCUUGAAAUCUUUCUGGUAAAUAGCCUGUUGAGUUGUGUCAGUUCCAAACCCCCCUACCCUUUCAUUACACUCCAUGGUUCAACGUCCAUGGUUCAUGAUGUUGUAAUGCCCCCUCACUGGUCACUGAUCAGUUGUUGCCUGUCAGUCUCAGGUGGAGUUGGAGGAAGUCUCUAGUCGGGCCACUUCUUUGACAGAACGUGAGCCUAUUGAUUGGUUUUAGACAGUAUGAAAGUGUGUACUCUGACACGGUUUCUGUCUACCUCAAAUGGCUUCAGCUUACACACCGAAUCUGACAUUGUGGUUUUAAACUAGCCCUUGAAACCUAAAUGUAUUAAUCACACAGUUACUCUUAAAUUAGCACUUAAUCUUUGGCGGGUUUAUGUCUUGAAAAACGCCUAACUCGCACACAAAAUGUUAGCAGAGGUUAUUUAUUUUAAUGUCAGGCUUUCCAAUCUGGGCAGUACUUUAACACAGCACAUGGUUUUCUGUCGAAUUUGGUUGUGAUCAUACAUGGGACACAAAACCCAAAAACAUGAACACCUAAAAACUACAGUGCAGUCUAACAGAAUAGGACUGCAACAAACACUACCUUUGAGGAUUAAAAGAGUUAAAGAACAUUCAGAACUAUCUGCACUAAUUGGCUUUGAGCUUUCAUUUCGGUGAAUAACUGGAUGCUGUGUUUGUUUUUUCCAGUCAAUAAUUGACUCCCUCUCAGUCAUAUCUUGAAGACUUUAAUCUCACUAAACUUUGACACGCAAAGGGACAAUUGAGGACAGAGUUCUUCACUAAUUACACACUCAACUUAUACUUUCUCUUUAGUAACUUCACUGUGAAAUGGCUUAAGCAUCUGAGAAAAGGAGGUUGAUUGUUAUGAUUUUAUUUAUGAACUAAAGUAACAUGUCCCCUCCACACAAAAUAACAGUUUUGUGUCCGCUCCGUCCCUUUAUUUUGCUUGAAGGGGAAGACGUCCCUGUGUCUGAGAUCUGAGUUUAAUGUGUGGACCUGUGAGCACAAUAUUUGGCAUCUGAAAUGUUUGGCAGCCACUUAGAUCUUGUGAUCCAUUUAGGAAAUAUCUUGUUAGAACGUAAAACUAUGGGACAUAUUAUAAAACAUUAGAUUUUGACUGAGGGAGGUGGAAGAUGUGUCAUUUUAAUGUAUAAUGAAGUCACUGCAACUGUGGGAAACCUUAGCAGACGUAAAAGGCCUUAGGUAGGUGUGAGUUAUGACACUUUAUUUUUGUAUAAUUGAAGACGCAUUAAUUUCAUCAAACAUUAUUAGUUCAUUUCUAAGACCUGGAUUAUUACGGGUAAAUAAAUUCUGCUAACAUGUAGAAUUGGAAAUCCUAAUGCAUGUACGAGAUGGGAGUUAUUGCAGUAUAUCGGAGUUGCUACUCACCAAGGGCUAAUUUAAAUCACAUUUCAUACAAGAAAAAA